AUGCAGAUACGGCGAGCGACAGCUGGGGACCGCGCGCUGCACUACGGGGGCGUGACAGUCACGCUGCUGAAGGACCUGGGGAACGCGAGCAACCAGCCGUACGUGCAGGCGGUGGCGGCGGUGGCUGCGCUGGUGAUCGAGACGGCGCAGCGGGUGCGGAGCAACAAGGACGCGUGCCGCCGGAUGACGGAGCGCGCGCACGAGCUGGUGGGCGCGGUGAUCAAUAUCGUCGCGGAUGCGCAGGGGGCGCUGUCGGCGGAGAUGGCGAGGAGCGUGGAGCAGUUUACGGACACGCUGUAUAAGCUGCUCAAGUUUUUGAGGUCGCAGGUGCGCGGCUCGCUGGUGCGGCGGAUGCUCAGGGCGACGGAGGACGCGGAGCUCAUCGCAGAGUGCACCGCCGGGCUCAAACACGCCCUCGACGUCUUCAGCGUGCAGAGCGGCAUCAUCGCCGCAAAGACAAUGGCCGCAAUCCAGAAAGAGGGCCGCACUAGACACGAGGAGAUCGUGUCCAUCCUCAAGGAAAAGAAAGCCUCCCGGAAGAGCAAGCGAUCAGUGCCCGCUGACGCCCCCCUCCCGCCCGGCGCGCUCCUCCCCGCGUCCCCCAAGAUAUUCCACGGGCGCGCCGCCGAGCUCGCCCAGCUCGUCGACACCCUCGUCGACCCCAAGGCCCCGCCCCCCAUCACCAUCCCCGCCCCGGCGCCCCGCUCGCCGUGGGGCACGUGGAGCCCGUCCACGCCGGGGUCCCCGGGGUCCUACCGCGCGCUCACCGCCUCGACGCUCGCCCGCCCGUCCACCCCGCCUCCAACACCUGCAACUCCUGCGACACCCCCGGCGCCGCCCGGCCCGGCGCGCGUCGCGAUCUGCGGGCCGCCGGGGAUCGGGAAGACCGCGCUCGCGCUCGCGGCGGCGCACGACGCGCGCGUGGCGGCCAUGUUCGGCGCGCGCCGCUUCUUCGUCGAGUGCGACGGCGCGGCGGACGCACAGGCGCUCGUGGCGUGUGUCGGGCAGGCGCUGGGGCUGGAGGAGGCGCGGCGGAGAAGGAAGUAUAUCCUAAAGUUUUUGGGCGGGGAGGGGGCUGGGAAGACUGGGAUGGCGAGGAGCGGGACGACGGAUUCGGGCGUGUCGGCCGACAGCGACGCGACGCUCGCGGACCCGGACCCGGACCCGGCGCCGGAGCCGGAGCGCGGGCCGGUGCUGCUGAUCCUGGACGGCCUCGAGGGCGCGUGGAAGCCGCCCGCGGGGCGCGGCGCGGUGGAGGACCUGCUGGGGCUGCUCGUGGACGUGCCGCGGGUGACGCUGCUGGUCACGCUGCGCGGCCACGAGCGCCCGCGGCACCUCAAGUGGACGCGCCCCUUCCUGGCGCCGCUGAAGCCGCUCCCGCCCGCGGCCGCGCGCGCGGCGUUCCUCGACGUGUCGGACGUGCCCGAAGACGACGCGGACCUGCCGCGCGUGCUCGCGCAGGUCGCGCAGGGGAACGCGAGGCGGGUCGCGGUGCUGGCGGGGCUCGCGAGCUUCGAGGGGUGCGCGGCGCUGAUGCGAAGGUGGGAGGCGGAGGGCGAGGGGAUGCUGCUUGAUAGAGUGCAGCCCACUGUGCUCGGCGGCGUGGUGUAUGACGAGCCGGAGUCGUUUGGCGACGAGGAGGCGCUGUGGGCCGUGCUCGACCCGACGUCACGGGAUGUGCCGUACGCCGUGCUCGGCCCGGAUUCCGGGUCGGACGCGGACUCCGGCGCGUCGACGCCGGCGCUGUCCCGCUCGUCGUCAUCGUCAUCAACCUCGAACUCGUCGCUCGACUCGGCGUUCGCGUCCUCCGCGUCCACCGCCCCCGGGAGCAUAUUCUCCGCGAUGUUCACCCCGUCGCGCUCGUCCUCGAAGGAGUCCGGGGGACGGUACCCGUCGAUCGACUCGGUGCUCCGCCGGCUGCCGUCCCCGCCCUCCACCCCGCCGCGGCCGUGGCGGAAGGAGAGCGAGGCGACGCCCGCGGCGCUUGCCCGGCUCGGCGCGCCCGCGCUCGCCCCGCCGACGCCGGCCCCCGCGAGCAUGAUCAGGCUGGCGGGGCUCGUGCCGCCCACCCGGCCGGUGGUGUGA